UGCAGGACGUUAAAGUGAAGGCUGUCAUGAUGGAAGGUGUUCCUUAUAUCGAAUCCGCAGACAGGUGUGAUCCUGCUGGCCUUCGAUCGAACUCUAAACUCUGUCUCUCGAAGAUUUCAACAAUUUUGCAGACAUACAUAGGCUUGUUUGAGAAGAUGGGCGGUUCCUGUGACUGGGAUAAUAGUGACCUUAAAGAAGAAAUGUUAUACCUGCAGAAGCAUUUGAAGGCUCGUGGAAUCAAUGAGUCUGGGAAAAAAAUGGGUGAGGUGCAAGCAUGGAUGUGCCACAGUUUACCGCAAGCAGUCCUUCAAAGGCUCACGUCCUUCUCAUCAAUUGCUGCCCGUGUUUUUACUCCCGGAGACCCUGCCAAGCAUACAGAGGAUGACAACAGCUUUUUAGGAUGUGGUUUACAGUAAGAAAUUUCACAGCCCCACAUAAAAAAUCACUUGGGUCCUUAAACACAUGCCCACUUUCAUUUUAC